AUGGAGAGUGUCCCACAAGAUUAUGCCGACAUAGAAGACGUGUCACGCAGCCUGCCUGCGGAUGAACCUUUAGAAGGUCCAACAGAAGAGCUCGAUCCGAGGGGCGACCUGGUGCUCGUGGUUGGGCCACGUCGCCUCUUGGUCUCGUCGAAAGUCCUGGAGUUGUCGUGUCCUUUCUUCAAGACCAUGCUCCGGUCCAACGCUUUCUACGAGGGUGUCGAGCGGCCGAAUGCAGACAAGCCGCCUGUCAAGAACCUGCGUGACGAUCAUCCGGAUAUCUUCUCGCUGAUCUGUCGCGUUCUCCACUAUCGUCCAGUUCGUCCACCGGCCUCCAUAGAGGACUACCGCGUCUUGGCGGACUUGUGCGAUUUCUACGGCUGUCGCUGGCCUCUGUCUUUUCAUGUCCGGGCUUGGGUGGAAGCGUGGAACUUGUCGAAUCUUUCCACUGAACAACUCCAAACCUUCCUGUGGGCAGCGUACGUCUUUCAUUUGAGAGAUCUGUUUCAGCGUGUCAGCGUCCGAUUGGCAGAGGUCUUGACAACGGACGAAUGGAGGGCUUGGGAAGUGCAUCCUAUGCCCGCCCGAUUGAAAGACGACAUGAGAGAGCUUUGCGUUCGAAUCAAGAACAGGGUCCAAGAGCGGAUUGAGACUGCCAUUGAUGGGGUGGGCGAGAAUCAUGAAAGGCACACGGGCAAACGCGACAAAGUUUGCCGCCAGUGCUUUCGCAACAAGCCCUGGGCCACGAAGAAAUGUGGCAACUGCGGGUCGAGCGAGUUUCACGACUACUCCUGUACGAAGGAGCUACGCUUGUCACUCUUCAUGGAGUGGCUCCAGUCACAAGGUUACUGGCCUUUGAGUCGGCUAAAUAUUCAAAGCUGCCGGAGUUUCUUGGGAACCAUGUAUGGCGCGAUUGACAUGCGCACCCCGUGCGGAUUGGACGACCUUUGCCCUUUGACGGCAGCGAAGGAGCUGUUGACCACAAGAUUGAAGAGGACGCUCGAUAACUUCGAGGGUUUGUCGCUGGAAGUCUACGACGCAAAGUGUCUCGGGUAG